CUUUUGUUAAAUAUUGGGCUGUGGCUGUAGUCUGUCUGUUAUCUUCAUCUCUGUUUGUUUCUUGCAAGAGCCUCUACCAGAAAAAAAAAGAAAAUUCAGGUUAUCUUAAUCUCCCUCCCUCCAUGUACAAGCCAAUCCGGUUCUCGUGGUCAUAUAUACCUUUACGGUCCUAAUCAAAUCUGGUGAGACCCAAAGCUGCUUUGCUAAAGGUUGAAUCCUCCUCCUCCUCCUAUAUGGCUCUGGCAGUUUCUCCCAGCAACUGCAACCAUCACCACCACCGUCUGCUUGACUUGUUGAACAACCAAUGCUCCUCCAUGUCCCAGCUCAAGCAAAUCCACGCUCACACCCUCCGCACCACCUCCACCUCUCAUCCCCACACCCUUUUCCUCCACUCCAGAAUUCUCCAUUUCUCAUCUCUCCACCACCUCCCCUACGCUCUCCUCUUCUUCCACACCCAUAUCCACCAUCCUAAUUCUUUUGCCUGGAACACUAUUAUCAGGGCUUGUGCUCGGAGCACCAGCACCCAUCGGAAGCACCAGGCCAUUUUACUCUACCUCAGGAUGCUCUCUCAAGGGGAUGUUGCCCCCGAUAAGCAUUCUUUCCCCUUUGUCCUCAAGGCCUGCGCCUAUUUGUUCGCAAUGUCUGAAGGGAAACAGCUACACGCCCAUAUCCUCAAACUUGGCCUUGCGUCUGAUGUUUAUAUAAACAACAGUUUGAUACAUUUCUAUGGCUCCUGUGGGAGCUUACAGGAUGCACGAGACGUGUUUGAUGAAAUGCCUGAGAGAAGUGUAGUUUCAUGGAACGUCAUGAUUGACACCCUUGUUCAAUUAAACCAGUUUGAUGAUGCGUUGAUGUGUUUUCGUCAGAUGCAGCAGGAAUGUUUCCAACCAGAUAGUUUUGCGAUUCAGAGCAUCUUACGUGCCUGUGCUGGCUUGGGGGCCUUAUCACUUGGAAUGUGGGCUCAUGCGUAUGUCUUGAGGAGGUGCGACCCUCAAGUGGCUGAUGACGUUUUGGUCAACAAUUAUUUGUUAGAAAUGUACUGUAAAUGUGGAUCGUUAGAAAAUGCUAAAAUCGUAUUUGAAAGAAUGGAAAAACGUGAUGUGACCUCAUGGAACACAAUGAUUCUUGGAUUUGCAAUGCAUGGGCAGGCUCUGGCAGCUUUAGAAUACUUAAGACGGAUGGUUGAUGAAGGAAGUCUAAUGCCCAAUUCCAUUACAUUCAGUGGGGUUUUAAGCGCUUGUAGGCACAAUGGCAUGGUCAACGAGGGUCAGGAAUAUUUUACACUCAUGACGACCCAAUAUGGAAUUGAACCCGUGUUGGAGCACUACGGUUGCCUGGUUGACCUCCUGGCUCGAGCCGGGCUUAUUGCUAAGGCGCUAGAUGUCAUAUCCAACAUGCCCAUUAAACCUGAUGCUGUAAUCUGGAGGAGCAUUCUUGAUGCCUGCUCUAAAAGAACCAUGAGAAUAGAGAUUAGCGAAGAAAUGGCCAAAAAGAUUAUGGAGUCGGAAGAAGGGAGUAACUUGAGUGGUGUGUACAUGCUUUUGUCUAGAGUUUAUGCGGUGGCUCGUAAGUGGGAUGAGGUUGGUGCGGUGAGAAAGCUAAUGGACGAAAAGGGUAUAGCCAAGGAGCCUGGUUGCAGCACCAUUGAAAUAGAUGGUGUGGCUCAUGAGUUCUUUGCUGGUGACAUGUCAUUUGCUCAAAUAUUGAAUGCUUAAAAUCUAGAACGUGUAAUUUAUACAUGUAGCUAAAGAGUAUAAUAUUGUUGAAAAGAAUCCCUUUGUGAACGUAUCUGAACAAUGAACAUAGUGGUAUGACCUUGUUAUGGAGCGUCUUUCAGGCUCCCAAUGGCUAUAGUUUAGGAUGGAUGUUAAAGGUCUCAGAAUUUUGGUGGUG